CCGCCGAGGGUGCGCACGCGCAGAGGUUGGCGGCUGGAGUCAACUAGGGCGUGUGUGGUGCAGUGGUCUGUGUGCAUCUUUCGUUCCAUGGAGAUGCCCAGCUCCCGGGCGCACCCAGAGGACAGCACUGAGCUGGUCCCUUCCGACAACUCGACCCCGCACAGAGAGGACCUUAGCAGCAAGAUCAAAGAACAAAAAAUUGUUGUAGAUGAACUUUCUAACCUGAAGAAAAACAGGAAAGUAUAUAAGCAGCAGCAAAACAGCAACAUAUUCUUUCUUGCAGACCGAACAGAAAUGCUUUCUGAAAGCAAAAAUACAUUGGAUGAACUGAAAAAAGAAUACCAAGAAAUAGAAAAUUUAGAGAAGACCAAAAUCAAGAAAUCGUCAUCUUAAUUUCAUAUAACAAUGUGUGGCAUUUGUUGUUCUGUAAACUUUUCUGUUGAGCAUUUCAGCAAAGAUUUGAAAGAGGAUUUACUGUACAAUCUUAAACAACGUGGACCCAAUAGUAGUAAACAGUUGUUAAAAUCUGAUGUUAACUACCAGUGUUUAUUUUCUGGACAUGUCCUUCACUUGAGAGGUGUUUUGACUCCCCAGCCUGUGGAAGAUGAAAGAGGCAAUGUGUUCCUGUGGAAUGGAGAAGUCUUUAAUGGAAUAAUGGUUGAGGCUGAAGAGAA